AUGGCUUCAAAUGCUUUCUUGAAUAUGCUCGGCGAUUUUGCUAGCAUAAACCGAUCACCGGAUUUCAACUCGAAAAGUAGCAACGAUCAUAGUAAAAGCACUAGAGCUCAAGUUGGACGACAGCACUCCCUUAGUUUGGCAGUUGGAGUUGCGGAUGAGCCAGGAUUAUUUACUGUUGAUAAAGAACUAUCAACUCGUCGACAAACAAUGGCAUCUGUAAAUUGUGAUGCAAAAAAAUCUCGAAUAGAUCGUCGAUUAUCAGCACCACCUUCACUAAAAGCUGGAUUAAAGCGGCUGCACAUGAAGUUGGAAAAUCUACAUGAAGCUAUAUUAGCAAGGAAUGGAACCGUGAAGGAGCAAAAAUCGCAUCAGCAAAUACCAUCAGAAGUACACUCGAGAUCGAUCUCACCGUGUCCAGUAUUCCAAGAAUCUUCUAGCAGUUAUUCAUCAUCUGCUGAUCAUUCAAAGGCAAUGCAGACAAUUAUUAUCAGUAAUAUGGGUCAUCGAGGAUCUGUUGUGGUUAUCGAUGAUGAUUGA